GCCAUACUGUAGACUUGUUCUAAAUGAAAAAAGUAAGAUAUUAUAAAGAAUGAUACGAUGCUCCAAAAAUAUUUUAUGACCAAGAACGCACACAACUUAAUUUUUCUGUAUAUCUAUGCCGACGGUUCCUAACCUGGCAUACACGCAUCACCAUGGUGAUGCCAGAGUGUAAGAAUGCAUCUUAAAAAUUCAGAAUGCAGAGAUAAUUUUUUUUAAACUUAUAAGGAAACACUUUGACUUCCCAGAUUUUGCCAAAAUUUUAGCACAUUUUAGUAAAUCCCAUCCACCAAUGUAUGGUAAUGUAACUUGUGCCAACAAACGAUAGUUUAGGAGAAAACAUUGUUUAAACUUUUUCACGUGCAUUACAUAUUGAAUUCUAGAAAUAAAUCAUAAUGAGUAGGUGUGGAUGAGUGAGUGAGUGAGGCACUGGGUUAAAAACUCGAUGUUGCAGAUUUGUUCUGCUUUCUUCCAAUUUUACAAAUUGAAAAAAAAAUUACAAUAAAUUAUCAUAUGUGUGGCGGCCGCAUAAUUGUAACUAGCACUACAACUGAAAAUCCAGGUGGCGCUGGCACGACAGAUAUAUAAGCAUAUGCAGGCCAUCCGCCAUACUUCUUUUUCCCGACUUGUCGACUACUCUCCGGACGCGGGUUACUCUCAUGUACCAACACGUGGACCUAACCAACCGUACCGAUAGUGUAAAACGAGAUUUCUAUGUACAUUAUGUAAAUAAAGCAAAUGGUGAAAUAUAUGACUACAGGUUAUAUAUAUAUAUUCUCAGCGAACACAUAAACAGUGGUGCGACGAACGCCACAUUGGUGAGCUGAACGUGAUUUCUUGUUCCGAAGCUAAUCCAACUACAUCGGCUGCUCUUCAUCGAAGUCUGGAAAACUAACAGGGCCGGAGACAUUCAUCAGCAUUCAGGACAAGCAAGUAAUAAUUAUUUUUUAUUUUUACGUUUUUUCACAUGUGCUGGAGGACAAAUGUCAAACGACGACAACGGAAGCAUGGCAACCUACGUGCCAGAAAUCGCCCGGGUGGCGGUACGAGCCCCACCGUUCUGGAAGGCUAAUCUGACCCUUUGGUUCGCCCAAAUAGAAGCCCAGUUCGCAAACGCCAAUAUAACAGCUGACGAAACAAAAUUUAACCAUGUUAUUGCGGCCAUGGAGAGCGAAAUCCUCGCCCAAGUGAGCGACAUAGUCGUCCAACCUCUGACCAAAGAUAAAUACCUCAUGCUCAAACGCCGAUUAAUUGACCAGUUCGCGGAUUCAGAACAACAGCGGCUACGACUAUUGCUUCAAGGCAUUGAGCUAGGGGAUCAACGCCCGUCUCAAUUACUACGGAAGAUGCAAGAGUUAGCCACAAACAGAAUUUCAGAUGACGUGCUAAAGACACUUUGGCUCCAGCGCUUGCCAACAGCCGCUCAGCAAAUACUAGCGAUAAGCGGCGAAGAUCUAACAAAAGCUGCCGAAUUGGCUGACAAAAUUUGCGAAGUCACCGCACUGAUGGGCCAGAUUCAUGCUGUGUCACCGCCGCCGACCGAGAACCAUGUGGACGCGAUCGCCCAGUUGAAGGAACAGAUAUCACAAUUGUCCCACCAGAUCCAGCAAAUCACAGAGUCAAAACCCUACCGACAUAGCGGGCAUCGCAGCCUCCAUUUUUCGUCUCCCCAUCGAAACAGAAGCACAUCAGAGGGAAGGCAAGUCUGCUGGUACCACCGGAAGUUCGGAGACAAAGCAAACAAGUGCACGUCCCCCUGCCAAUUCCAGUCGGGAAACUGAUCGGACCGUCACUCAAAGACACGGGCGACGGCCAAUCUAGGGAACAACGGUCCUCGCCCAACACCUCUCCUAACAGCAGCGACAACGCCUCCUGGAGUACAACAUCACCGUCUCCACCCACCAGGCCGUCCACAUCCCGAAGACGGAGAACGACGAGGUCACUCCACGCCAUCUUGGAAGAUGACCACCCCUCUCAGAGCGAGCCCGUCUAUAGUCCGACGGUCACACCACCUUCCUGCAGCAAUGAGACCGGCCACACAGUGUGUUCCACCACCAACACAGCAUCGCAACACCCAGUUACCACC